UAUGCCUCCAUAAUUGUCUACUCACUAGGCCAAGUUUUCUGGGAAGAUCUAGACAACUUCGAAACUGAGAGAACACCCAGCCAAGCACCAUGGAGAACUCAAGAGAAACCCAUCAACAGAAGAAGGGUUUCCGACUGGUACUGUUUCCACUGCCCCUACAAGGUCACCUAAACCCCAUGCUUCUUCUUGCAAAUAUUCUGCAUGCCAAAGGCUUCUCUAUCACCAUCAUCCACACCCACUUCAACUCUCCCAACCCUGCCAACUAUCCCCUCUUCACCUUCCAUUCAAUCCCCGACGGCUUGUCUAAAACCGAAGCCUCCACCGCAGAUGUCAUAGCUCUCCUCUCACUCCUCAACAUCAACUGCGUCGCGCCUUUCCGGGAUUGCUUGUCUCAGUUAUUAUCUAAUCCUUCAGAGGAGCCUAUCGCUUGCUUAAUCACAGACGCUGUAUGGCACUUCACCCAGGCUGUUGCCAACAGCCUUAAGCUCCCUAGGAUGGUUUUACGCACCAGUAGUGUAUCUUCAUUUCUUGCUGUUGCUGCCAUGCCAUAUCUGCAGAAAAGUGGGUACCUCCCCAUAAAAGAUUCUCAACUAGAGUCAUCAGUGCCGGAGCUUCUUCCACUCAAAGUCAAGGACCUUCCAGUGAUCAACACUAGGAACCCAGAAGAUUUUUAUCAAUUAUUUGUUAGCGCGAUCAAAGAAACAAAGGCUUCUUCCGGGCUAAUCUGGAACUCCUUCGAGGAUCUUGAAGAAUCUGCACUUGUCAGACUUCACCAAGAUUUUCCUAUCCCAUUGUUCCCAGUAGGCCCAUUUCAGAAAUACUUCCCAACCUCUUCAAGUAGUUUACUAGCACAUGACCAAAGUUCCAUUACCUGGCUAGACACACAAACACCUAAAUCUGUGAUCUAUGUGAGCUUUGGGAGUAUUGCGACAAUGGAUGAGAAUGAAUUUCUGGAGAUGGCUUGGGGGCUAGCCAACAGCAAUCAGCCCUUCUUGUGGGUGGUUCGACCAGGGUUGAUCCGUACUUAUGAAUGGCUUGAAUCACUGCCAAACGGGUUCCUUGAGAUGAUAGGUGGAAGGGGACAUAUUGUGAAAUGGGCUCCUCAACAAGAAGUUCUUGCUCAUCCCGCCACGGGAGGGUUUUGGACUCAUAAUGGAUGGAAUUCCACGUUGGAGAGUAUUUGUGAAGGGGUUCCAAUGAUUUGUCUGCCUUAUUUUGGGGACCAAAGGGUGAACGCGAGGUACGUGAGCCAAGUUUGGGGACUUGGGUUGCAAUUAGAGAAUGGGUUGGAGAGAGGGGAGAUAGAGAGAACAAUCAGAAGACUUAUGGUGGAGGAAGAAGGCCAGGAAAUUAGACGUAGAAGCAUUGAGUUGAAGGAGAAGGCAGACUUGUGUCUAAAGCAAGGUGGUUCUUCACAACAAUCCCUCGAGAGCUUGAUUAGUUACCUCUCAUCUUUCAAGGGACUCCUUCAUAAUUAAGUUCUAGAUGGUCUUCUGUUAUUGUUAGGAAUUCUCCUGAGUGAGGUUUCCAAAUAGGCUGGUCCUGUUUCUCACAAAAGAUCCGUUGUCUUGAUUACUUCUUUAAGAUUGUGCUUAAAUAUUAUUUCAUACUAUUACCACGUUGAUGAUCACUGUACUCCUACGUAAAAAAAAUUUAGAGGUGAUUUCUAGCAAUUCUCCAAUUAAUUACCCUCAGUUUCUAGUA